AUGCUGGGCCAGAAGCGCCCCUAUGAUCCAGGAGGUUAUGGAUCUUAUGGUGGCUGCAGUGGAUGGCACGAAGGUGGCUCUACUUCUUCAGGUGAGAAGAAAGCCAGAGCAGAGCCUGCGUCCAUGACUCCUGAGGAGGAAGAGUUCUUCCGGCUGACGGGCAUCAAGCCAGAGCGAUGGCAGGAGCAGGUCCAAGAAGUUGCGAGCCAGCAGCCUGCAAGAGCCGAGGUGGCUUCAUUCCCUCCCCAGGCAGUGCAGGCAGCGCCUCAGAGUCCUCAGAGCAUAUCAGGCCUACCUGCGCCGGCCGCCGCCUCCGAAUCGCCUUGCCCCAUGCCGAUGCCCUCGCUCCCAACACAGCCGCAGGCCUUGGGCAUGCCUUCCAUACCUUCGGCGCCCGGGCUUCAGGAGUCCUUUGCAUCCAAUCGGCCGUCUGUUUUUGCAGGGCCUUCGGCUUCACCUGUCAAUGAGAUUGGAAUGGCGCAGCAGAUGCUUCUAGGCCAGAUGAUGCAACAGCAGAUAAUGAUGCAGAUGAUGUCGCAGUCAAGCUUCGGCGACUUCGGUCAACCUCAAGAAGAAGUCAGGGAGGAGGACCCGCUCAACCCUGACAACGACCCGAACAGGUUCUCAGGACGGAUUAAAGGCUUCUAUGAGAUCGCUUCCGGUGGAGGAUAUGGCUUCAUUGAUUGUGAAGCUGCUCGGAUUAGGUAUGGACGUGACGUCUACCUGCACUCCAGGCAAAUGGGCGAUGCGAAAGUGGGUGAGCUGGUGGCAGCCUCAAGAUGCUCUACGGUACCAUAUGGUGAGCCGCAGGCCGUACUCCUGCCAUUAGCCGACUAUGGCGUUGCAGAGUCGAGGUGCUUCACCUUAUCGCGGCACCCACAGCGCAAACUGGAGAGGCAGAGAUGCCUCCAGCGUCGGGGUCCCAAGAACAUUCUCGAGGGGACUUUCCGCAAGGAGAAGGUUCAAGACAGUUUCAAGCAGAGCAUGAAGAGGUCAAACACAGCACGAGCAAUGGCCGUUUGCGAUCUGCCUUGUCUUUGCCUUAGGCAUGCCUUCGACUGGAGCUAUAUCAUGAGGGGCGAUGCGACAGGAACACCUGUGAAGACUUGCGUGCACGCUGAAGUCGCGGCAAAGCCGAGCGCUCCCAACGACGUCGAGUACGCAUGGGGCCGGGGUGGGAAAACGCAACGUGGAGAGUUGUUGCUUGGCGUCAUGAACCUGAGAGACCAGGCCCUGAUGCUCGCAGUCUGCGGUCAACUGCAAAAGAAGGUAGUUCACUGUGAUGUGCAGGAGCUCGUCAACACGGGGCGGGCCUUUGCCAAGCCGGGGCUGUGCUGCCGGCCUCUGAUGGAUGCCAUCAGGACUGCAGCUUCGCGCAAGGUGGCCAGGUCCACAGCCCGAGAUUCGGCCAACAGCAUCGAUGUCUGCUGCAUCUUCCGCAGUGCGCUUCUGCGGAUGCCUGAGUUCGACGAGCAAGAGCCCCGGCGCAUGGUUCCCAUCAGCGCUGAUCUGAGCCGCAUGGAGCCCUUUCGAAGGCAGGGUUGUGCGACCAUGGCUUUUGCUUUCGCCGCCUCGGAGAUCUGGCGCCAGCCGCUGCUCAAUGCUUCGGUGUCACAGUCCAUUUCGGGGUCUGUAAAUUUCAUCCCGGCCAUGGCCGCUUCUCCACAGGCCCCGCGUGCCGAAUCAGCGCGAAUGCCGAAUGGUGGUGCAAGCCAGGAUAUAGUGAGCUCUGGCAGAGGUGGAGAGAAAGAUGCGAGUACCGCGCGCGAGAGAGAAUACAUUCGCUUUGAAGUCGUUGACUUUCACUGCAAGGCACUUUCAAAGGUCGUGCCGGCUCGGCACAGAGACGUCAAAGUCUACAUGUACUCUGGCGCCUUAGCAUAUGGCGCAAGCCAGGAGGUGAUGUUGCUCCCAGAUGAAAUAGCUGCUGCCGGCUGCCCAAAUGCCAGACUCGUCCCAGAUUGGUCGACUGAACAGGUUCUGCCAUGGGCGUGCCGGCCAUCGAAAAACAUAGUCGUGAAGCGCGUUUACUGCGAAAUGGAGGGCAUGAAGUUGGGGCCCCGCUCCCUUUGCGGCCGAAUGCUGGCCGAACUAAAAAGCUUUGACGGCAAAGGCUAUGAGCUCCUGGCAGGCGGCGAGCUCGAGUUCGUCAUGGCUAAGUGCAAAGAUGGAUCCGGCGAAGUCUGGGAACCGAUGUUCAACGGCCCUGAAAUCUUCACGACCCUCCAGUCAUGCAAAGCCAUCGAUUUCUGCUACGACAUGGAAAGGCACAUGGAGUCCGUGGGGGUGGAUAUCCUCACGAUGAACACGGAAUACGGCAAAGGCCAGCUCGAGAUCACGUUCGCACCAAAGUUUGGCAUUGAGGCCCCCGACAUGACUGCUACAUUCCGAACGGGGACAAAAGAGAUGGCCCAAGACCUCGGCCUUCGUGCGACGUUCAUGGCCAAACCUUUCGGAGUCAGCGGAGUCGGGAAUGGUGGACACAUGAACUUCUCAAUCUGGAUGCCUGGCGGUGUCAGAGGCGGCGAUCCAAAGGAUGUCGUUUCCAGGGUCACCUCGGGGAAGCUGAAUGCUUUCCAUUCGUCUGAAGAUGCCAAAGGGCUGUCGCCGGCGGCACGAUCCUUUCUGGCAGGCAUUUUGGCCCAUGCCCCAGCGUUGGAAGCGCUUUGCUCGCCUACGCCGCCCUGUUACUGCCGUCACGGCAACUGGGCGCCCACCGUGGCGAACUGGGGUUUCGACGAUCGAACUGCCUGUGUGCGAGUGAAAGCUGACCGUCGGGGCCCACAAGGGAGCUGCUACAUGGAGCUGCGAAUGCCUUCUGCGGCAGCAAACCCUUAUUUGGUACUCGCAGGUCUUGUGGCCAGCGGUUUGGAUGGGCUUCAGCAGGGCUUGGACUUGCCUCCUGAACGUCAGACGAAGGCAGACGGCGCUGCAGCGCUGCCUACCUCCUUGGAUGAAGCCUUGCGAGCUUUCGAAGCUGACAGCUACCUGGUUUCGAAGCUUGGCCAGCGCUUUGUGCGAUGGUACGUGGACGUGAAGCGUGCUGAGCUAAAGUUCAUCGAGGAACGCCUGAAGGGUACUUCAAGCACGGACGAGGAGGAUGAUGAUGCGAUGAGGGAAGCAGCCGACGUGAACAGUGCGGUUGCUGGGGGAUCUAUUCCCGGCUUGGAGGAGUUCGACAUGGAGAACUACGACAACGACGCUGAUGAAGGCAUGCAGUUCUUCUCUGUUCUCGAUGCCGAUGGCGAAUUGGCAAGAGAAAAGGACCCACACAUGACUGGAAAUCCAGACUCAGAUUCUGAUUCAGAAGGUGAUGUGGAGAUUCGGCAGGAUGACCAUGUGUUCGUCGCAGCUUCUUGCGAGGAAGACUGCUGCACCCUGGAGCUCUAUGUCUUCGAGGAGGAUGAGGUGAACAUGUAUGUGCACCAUGAAAUUGGCCUUGCAGCUUAUCCGCUGUGCGUGGAGUGGAUGGGACGAACGUCCUCGAGUGACAGCGGCUGCUAUGCUGCUGUGGGUUCGAUUGAUCACUCUAUCCAGCUUUGGAACUUGGAAGAGAUGGACCCUCUGGAACCUGCUCAAGUCCUCGGCGCCGCACGCAAGCCCGCCAAAGCCAAGGGCAAGGCAAAAAGAAAGAAGAAGUCCUUGGGGCCGAACGAGGUGAAGGCACACGACGGGCCAGUACUAUGCUUGCAUGCCAGUGCUUUCAACCCCUCUGUGCUUGCGAGUGGCUCAGCUGAUGAAACACUCAAGGUGUGGGACGUCACUGAUGGUUCUUGCGCGCAUACUUUCGAGCAUCACUCCGACAAGGUGCAGUGCGUGAGGUGGCAUCCAACCGAGCAAGCCGUGCUUCUCACAGCAGCCUUUGAUCGGCAGCUGGGCCUGUUGGAUGUUCGCCAACCGAAGCAGGCUGCCCUGGCUUCGCUGUCGGGAGAAGCGGAGUGCGCCAUUUGGAGCCGGCACCAGCCUUUCCAGUGUCUCGCGAGCACAGACAGCGGAGGAGUUUGCUGCUACGAUGUGCGGAAGAUCGCCUCCAAGGCCAAGGACCAGGUGCUGUGGACUUUGAUGGCGCAUGAUGUGGCUUGCACGAGCAUCCAGGAUGCACCCGCGCCGGGCCUCCUGGUCACCGCGGGCCUGGACGGCCAUGCCAAGGUGUGGAACAUCGCAGGCUCUGGCCCGCAAAUGGUCCUGAGCAAGAACUUGCACGCGGGCCCGCUCGUCCCAGUCAUGGCCGUCGCAGAGCAGGCCAGCGCAGUCAAAGCGACUGCAGACAACUGUCUGCUGACAGUGGCUGCUGCCGUUGUGAUGCUUGCUCAGUGUGUAAAACAUGUAGAAACCUUCAUGAUGCCUGCCCCUGCCAAGUCAGUGCCGCCGCGUGCGCAUUCGAUGUCUCCAGCUGCUGCGUACAGCGCAGGACAGUCGUUGCUGGUCGGGCAGUGGGAAACUCGUACGCCCGCUCGCCCAGCACGCACGGCUCGAGAGGCGGGCACCGUGCUGAAGGUGAUGCUCGGAGUUCCCAGCGCGUUAAUGCUGUUCAGCACGUUCAUGGUGCUGCGUGGCUACAAGCAAGAGGUUGGAAACGGUGACGAGAUGCAGGAGAGAUGGGCAAGCUUCGCGAAGAGGCCGAAUGCUCGCUUCAUGUCCCUCAUGGCUGGGGCUGCCCGGGUGGGCCUCAUCGCCUUGCGCGCGAAGUUCAUGCGUGACGAAGCAAAGAAGUCUGCCAUCCACACCAAAGCCGGCAAGAGAGCUGUGACAGAACUCGUGAGACUUGGGCCUACCUACGUGAAGCUGGGGCAGAUCCUCUCCUGCCGUGAGGACCUUGUGCGCAAGGAGUGCGACCGAUCUAGAGACGCGAUUCGUGGCUUUGUGACCGCUUUUCGUGAGAAGCUGCUUGCGAGCAGGCUGCGGCUUGAGGCUGCGCUGCAAGUCCUCGCCAAUGGCAGGGCCCGUGCGGCUUACGGCCAAGAGGGGCUCAGAGCGCUGCAGCAGUCUCUGAAGGAGGCGGAGCAGCGCCUGGCCCUGGACUUGCGCGAGGUGCAGGAGAGCACCGUGGAGCAUGCGGCGAUGUAUGCUAAGAAUCCGGAGGUUCUGGGAGGCAUGCUCCACCUCGUGUUUUGCCUGGAUUUGGUUCACCAGUGGGUGCAAAGCAGAGAUGACCAGAUCAAGGAGAUGGAGCAGAACUUGCAUAAGGCUCAGCAGAGCAUGGUGCAGUGCACCAGCCUUAUGGACCAGUUGAGCCUGGACGUGAGAGGCUGCAAGGAGCGAGCCUUCAGCAUCCGGGAUGGCUGCCCCUGCUGCACCCCUGGCGCCGUGCCUUUGGAGGUGCAGAAGGUGUACCAGCAGCCGCAGUUGGAUUCCAAGGACUUGUUUGAGUUGAGUGACCUUUCGUAUUGCGAUGCCCAUUGCCAUCUGGACAUCCUGCUGCACAACCGACUGAAUGGCGGUUUCUGGGGCACGAAAGAGAAAAUCUGCAAGAAUUGGCUUGCCGGCCAGUGCUGGUAUUACAAGGACUGCCAUUUUGCCCACGGAGAACAGGAACUGGAGCCUCGACGAAUGCUCGCGUCGGAGCAUGUGGAGCCUUACCUCUCCGAGCUCCAGCGACGAGCAGCCAGACGCAGUGAGCCCAUGCUGAGGUCCUUGAUUACAAACUGCUGUGAACUGGAGACUCGGCAAUUUCAAAAAUCGGAGCGUUACUUGGCCAGAAGCCUUCCGUUGGACUCCAGCGAGGAAGUCAUUGAAGACACAAAGCUUAUCAUCGACGUCGCAGAGAAGCUGGGUCUCGACUCGGUGUACUGCACGAUUGGAUGCCAUCCGCAUGACUACCGAGACUUCUCGGAUGAAGCCGAAAAGCGGCUGCGUGCAGACUCCUGGCUCGAGGAAAUCCAAGCGUGUGGCCGAAGAGUGGUGGCGGUGGGCGAGUGCGGACUGGACUAUUGGAAGAACUACGACGAGUCUUUAAUACCUGCCGAACGGCAGCAAAUGUUGAACGUUUUCGCACGCCAGAUCCGCAUGGGGACAGAUUUCAAUCUUCCUGUAGUCGUCCAUGCCCGUGAUGCUGACGACGACACAAUGCACGUCCUGAAAUCCACCCUGCCUCGGCAGCACAAGGUUUAUAUCCAUGCCUUUCAAGGAGGAACAGAAUUCUUGGAAGAGGCGCUGAAGAUAUUCCCCAACUGCAUCUUCGGUGUGAGUAGCAUGGUCUGGUGCAGCGAGGGAGCAGAGCGAAUCACAAAGAACUGUCCAUUGGAUCGAAUGGUUUUGGAGACGGAUGCCCCCUACUUGGCGCCUCAUCCUUCGGAUAUUCCGGAGCUUGCGCACAAGAUUGCGCAGAUGAAGGGGGUGAGCACUGCAACGGUUCUGAAGAUCACCACAGAGGUCUGCCAAAGAUUUUACGGCUUGUGGUCCCCAUGGAGCACAAGAAGAUGUGAGGGGGCGUGA